GCGUUCCCUAAGAAAUGUUCGCUGCUGAUGCAAGCCAUCUAGCCCCACGCGAAUAAGGAGGUUCCCCUUCGGCCGGCGAGCUCCCUUCCUUCUCCCAAGGCUGUGCAGGGUGGAAGCCGCGGGGUUUUUGCCACUGCUCCCCCUGUUUCUUGGAGGCAGGGCCCAUGUUCCAGAAGCAGUCAUGAGCGCCGGCUGCGAGUCCAGCCAGAACAGCGGGGGCAGCAGCAGCAGCAGCUCCGGGGCUCCCAGGAGGACCCGGGCUCCUCGCGGGAGUGACGCCCAGGGCCAAGCCACCGACGACAUGGACGUCAACAGCAACGGCUCCAGCGGCAACGAAUCUCACGGCGAUUCCCAUAGCAGCUCCCACAGCAGUGGCAACGGCAAAGAUUCUGCCCUUCUGGAGACCACCGAAAGCAACAAGAGUUCCAACUCGCAAAGCCCCUCUCCCCCCAGCAGCUCCAUCGCCUACAGCCUUCUCAGCGCCAGCUCAGAACAAGAUAAUCCAUCCACCAGCGGCUGCAGCAGUGAGCAGUCGGCACGGGUGAAGACACAAAAGGAGCUGAUGAAGGCCCUGAAGGAGAUGAAGAUCCGGCUGCCCUCCGAGAAACGCAGCAAGGGGAAGUCAGGGACUCUGGCUACCCUCCAGUACGCCCUCUCCUGCGUGAAACAAGUCCAAGCGAGCCAAGACUAUUAUAAGCAGUGGACCAUUGAUGACAGCCAGCCCUGCAGCCUGGAUAUGUCUACUUACAACAUUGAGGAACUGGAGAACAUCACGUCCGAGUACACGCUCAAAAACCUUGAUACGUUCACAGUCGCCGUCUCCUUCACCACGGGCAAAAUCGUUUACAUCUCGGACCAAGCCGCCUUCAUUCUGCGCUGCAAGAAAGAAGUCUUCACGGGGGCUAAGUUUGCAGAGUUCCUGGCACCUCAAGAUGUCAGCAUCUUCUAUGGAUCCACAGCACCAUACCAUUUGCCCUCCUGGAGUGCCUGCCCCUCUGCCACUGCCAUGGACUACACCCAAGAGAAAUCUGUCUUCUGCCGGAUCAGCGGAGGCCACGCAGGAGGGCGCGAGCUGCGCUACUACCCCUUCCGGCUGACGCCUUACCUGACCAAAGUCCGGGACUCCGACAGCACCGAGGGACAGCCUUGCUGCCUACUCAUCGCAGAGCGCAUCCACUCGGGCUACGAAGCCCCCCGGAUCCCUCCUGAUAAAAGAAUCUUCACCACCAGACACACGCCUAGCUGCUUAUUUCAGGAUGUGGAUGAGCGAGCUGCCCCCCUGCUUGGCUACCUCCCCCAAGAUCUGGUUGGAACCCCUGUCCUUUUCUACCUGCACCCUGAGGACCGGCCCCUUAUGCUGGCCAUACACAAGAAGAUCCUGCAAUACGCCGGCCAGCCCUUCGACCACUCGCCCAUCCGCUUCUGCGCUCGCAACGGCGAAUACGUCACUAUUGACACCAGCUGGUCCAGCUUCGUCAACCCCUGGAGCCGCAAAGUCUCUUUCAUCAUGGGGAGGCACAAAGUGCGGACGGGCCCCCUCAACGAGGACGUCUUCACAGCCCCGAAAGCGCUGAAGGCAAAGGCUCUGGAGCUAGACAUCCAGGAGCUUUCUGACCCUCUUCCCAUCUGCCGUUGCCAGCCGGUGCACAGCAGUGGCGCCCUGGGCCUUUGCAGCAACGCCUCCCAUGAGCAGUUCCUCAGCAUCGCCUCCUCCAGUGACAGCAACGGCUUCCCCCAGGAGGAGGCCCAGGCUCUCCGGCCGAUGACCUUCCAGGAGAUCUGCAAGGAUGUCCACAUGGUGAAGAACCAGGGCCAGCAGGUCUUCAUCGAGUCCCGGGUCAAGCCUCUGCCCAUCAAGCCCUCUCAGCCAGCUCUGGAUCCGCCCAUCAGUCGCACUGGGCAGUCGAAGGAGGCCCUGAAGGACGCGGAGAAGAGGCCAUGCAAGGCGGCGGCGUCCGAGGACUCUGUGAGGAAGGAGCCUUCCAACUACUCCUACCAGCAGAUCAACUGCCUCGACGGCAUCAUCCGGUAUCUGGAGAGCUGUAACAUCCCCAACCGGGUGAAGCGCAAGUGUGGGUCGUCCUCCUACACCACCUCCUCCAAUUCUGAUGACGACAAGCAGAAAGUGCGCGAGCGGGUGGCCGCCCAGAGCAAAGAUGCGCCCGAGGAAAUGCUUCCGGCCUCCGAGAGCCCGGCCAAGAGGGAACAGCCCGGGACGGCAGCUGCUGCCGUGGUGGGAGGCUCUCUCACGCCACUGGCCUUGCCUAGCAAAGCCGAGAGUGUGGUCUCGGUGACCAGUCAGUGCAGCUUCAGCAGUACCAUCGUCCACGUGGGAGACAAGAAGCCCCCGGAGUCGGAUAUCGUCAUGAUGGAAGAGACGGCACCCAGCGCGACCCCCCCUGCCCCCGCCCCCAGCGUGACCCCGGACCGGGAGCAGCAGUACCGCAAGGUGGGCCUGACCAAGGAAGUGCUUUCCGUCCACACGCAGAAAGAGGAGCACGCCUUUCUCACCCGCUUCAAGGACCUCAGCCAGCUGCACGUCUUCAGCUCGCCCUCAGGGCUGAGCUGGCAGGAGCUGCGCCACCCCCGGGCCCACGACGAGCGAGGACACCGAGGCCUGCGCCAGGGACCCCGCGGGCCCAGUUGCCGGGGGCGGAGCAGGAAGUCCAAGGCCAAACGCAUCAAGCAGAACAAGUCGUCGGACAGCACGAGCUCCCCCCGGAACUCGGCCUCCCCGCCCCAGCCUCCCUGUCCCCAAGGCUCCUCCUCUUGGCCCCCCUCGGCCACUUCCCAGCCAAGCCUCCCGAACAUGUCCUACCCGGCCGUUAUGCCCACUUACCCAAUCCCCGUCUUUCCCCCUCGCCCCACGGCGCCCCCGGCCACCGAACCUUCGCAGAACCCCUUGCCAACCUCUCAGUUCCCCGCCCCUCUCGUCACCCCCAUGGUGGCCUUGGUCCUGCCCAACUAUGUCUUCCCCCAGAUGAACAACUCCCUCCCCCAGCCUUACUUUCCUGGCGGACCCGUUUUCCCCUUUGGCCCUCCUCAGCCGGGCAGCACGCUGGCUCCCGGGCCCGAAGCCGGCCUGCAGGUCCCCUCUCGGUCCUCCACCCCGCACUCGAUGAGCCAGCCGGAGCGGGCUGAAUCCCCGCUCUUCGAGUCACGCUGCAGCUCCCCGUUGCAACUGAACCUGCUGCAGAUGGAAGAGAUGCCCAAGCCUUGUGACCGCCAAGAAGCGGGCAUGAACGGUCAAGCGGGACCAGCCGGCACCUCCGCGGACUGGGCUGGAGUGACUGGCGGGCAGGGGUUGGUGAACGAGCUCGGCCCUCAGAAGGAGACCUGCAUGGUGGAAGCCCAUGACUCCUCCAACAAUGAUGCUUUGUCCAGUUCCAGCGACCUCCUGGACCUCCUUCUGCAGGAAGACUCGCGCUCGGGCACGGGGUCAGCCGCCUCGGGCUCCAUGGGCUCCGGCUCCAACGGAGGAAGCACCUCUGCCAGCGGUACCACAAGCAGCAAGAGUAGCAACACCAGCAAAUAUUUUGGCAGCAUCGACUCCUCUGAGAACGAUCUACGGGGCAAGAAGCGCUCCGAAGCUGAGGACAAUGAACACUUCAUCAAAUAUGUCCUCCAAGAUCCCAUCUGGCUGCUGAUGGCUAACACCGACAACAAGGUCAUGAUGACCUACCAGCUCCCAGCCAGGGACAUGGAGACCGUCCUGCAGGAGGAUCGGGAGAAGCUGAAGCAGCUCCAGAAGCAACAGCCCCGAUUCACGGAGGAGCAGAAGAAGGAGCUGGCCGAGGUGCACUCCUGGGUUCAGAAGGGGAUCUUGCCCAAAGCCAUUAACGUCACGGCCUGCGUGGAGUGUGUGACCAAUGCCGCCUCUCAGGUAACGCCUCUGUACGAUGUUGAGAUCCAGGACAUGGACCUGAAUGGCAUGCUGGAGCCGAUGGAGGAGGGCAAUGGAGGACAGGUCUCCCUGCCCCCCUUGCCCCUAGAAAUGGCCAUGGAGGAGGAGGAGGCUGGAGAGAGCAGGGACCAGCCGUCCCGGGCAGAAGCGGCGGUGGGAGAGGCGAGCUAAGCCCCCGGAGUGGGACCUCAGGACUCCUUCGGGAUUGCUUGGGAAUGAGACAGGCUGCUGAGCAGCGGGACUCGGGAACGGAGGCAGCUCGAGGGGUCCCCGUGUGAGCACCCCGCAACAGGGGAGACAAACAGCGGCUUGUCUAACAAGAACCUCUGGACUGGCGGGUUUCCAGGGGUGCCAGAAGCCCCUCGCAAACAUCCUCCUCUCUUUCAACCGGACCAGCCGCGCUAAUCCUCCCUGUGUUCCGGAGGGUUUGGACCCAGAGGGCCUGGGACGUUGGGCAGGGCGACUUGAGUUUUUAUGUAUUUAUUUUUGAAAAAUUGUCAUUUGUUGUUUACUGUUUUUUUUACCGAUCUGCAGCCAGCUCUAGAAAGGGGCCGGUUUGCAGCGCUAAAAUUAGUAAUAAUAAUAUUAAUAAUAAUAAUAAUAAAAGAGGUGACCUGCAGACAGUGAUGUUGACACACCCCUUGUGUGACUUUGCCACUAAUUCCGGGCUUGAGAUCUGGCGGGGGAGCGAGGCUUCUCUUGAGCUCUUUGGUAGCUCCCCCGGGGUCUGCGGAAGAGAUGGCCUUUGCAUAGCGGAUCAGCUGUCCUGUUUUGUUGUUCUUCUCUCUGGUGCAUCUAUGUUGGCCCACGCCAUGCUUACCACACUUCCUGUUGCAAACGCUCUUCCUAACUUUGCUGGCUCCGGUCCCUGUGGGGACAGGGACUCUUUCAGCUCUAUACACAAAUCCCCUUUUUUCUUAAGACGCGUUCAGAGGUGAGGACCAAAUUGCCGAAGAGAAUCUCUGCCUCCAGUCAGGGGUUAGCACUCUCUCUUUUUCCCUUCCUUUCACCUGCUUUGGGCAGGCUGCUGUUCCAAAGCGAGCUUUCUGGGGCACAUUUGGGUCUGGAGGGAGAGAUGCGUGGGUUGCAGAAACAGCUUUGGAUGACAGCUGUUUUUGCUCUCGGUGGUAUCUUUCAACUCUGCGUGGAAUUUCUCAGUGGAGAAGAAUUUGGAAUUUCUCAUUUGAGAAGGAUGUUGGGAGCCAAUAAUGCAUGUAAGGUGCAAGGAGACCUUUCAUCUGGAGUGAAGAACGGGACCUCAUCCACACAGGAGAAAAGUUCCUUUCUUCUUGGACAAUUGGGAGCAAAUACUUUUACAUGGCUUUUUCUCGGCAAGAAUUUAAAGGACAAUCAUAUUUUUUCCUUUUAAAGCAGUUUGGUAAACUUCUGUUGAUUAGCUUACCAAUAAAGAAGCUUUUAUGGAGAACUUCUCCGUAAAGGUUAGAAGUUCAGCACCAGCAGGUCCUUUAGAAGGUCUGCAUGACCUUUAAGUGACCCAUCUCUUCUUCCCACUAACCGGGACUGUUGUGUAGGUGUGUGAAAAAAAACUCAGUGGAUUCGGAUGUCGUAUCACUUUCUGUCGUUGGACCAAAAUGCUGUGUGGCCCGUUACGUGUUGUGAAUCUCCAGAAAUGAUUUGCCCGCGUUCGAUGCCCAGAAAACACUCCAAGUGUAAAAUCUGCCAGCCGUCCUGGGAGAGACCUUGCCCUGAAGGAUCUCUUGCUUGUUUGAAAGGCCUUUCUCGCCACUAAAUUUUCCUAUGGAUCCCAGGAUCCUUGGGCAACUCCAGGCAGUUGGUCUGUUUCCUCUGUGUUGGGGAGCAAUGGUUCUUUCCUGAAAGCUGAGUUGGUGUCAAUCGUGAGGAGGAGGAGGAGGAGGAGGAUGAAGAGCCUGCCCUGUGUUGCUCUGGACUGCGAACAAGAAUAUAGUGGCUGGCUGGCUUCGUUUUUGAUUUUUCAUGGCCUUUUUCUACCCGUUGAAAAUGCGUGAUCGAAUCUUGCUGUUCCUGUUGAGGGUUGCGGGCAUACCCUUCCGCAAAGAGCAUUAAUGUACAGCCACUGGCCUUCUCCCUGCUUCUCUUCUUGGGAGGGAGCAUCUAACUUAAAUUGGCAUAUGGUCAUGGUGGAAAAGGUCUCCAGGAUGGAAAUAGACUUCGUUUGCAGCUCGUGCGCUCUUUUUGAAAGCCAACUCAUCGUGGUUUGGAGCACUUUAGCUUUAAUUUUCACUCCUCUGGGAGAAAGUGUCUUUGGACACAAGUGCCUUGGAAAUUUUUGCUAAAGGGUGGACUUUAAACCUUGCCUCUGAUAAGCUAUCACUGCCUUUUUCUUACUCUCUCACUGAACUAUAAAGGAAGGGAGAUGAUUACCCAUAAUGGCAUUUUUGGCUUAACAUGGAAAAAUAGCGGCCUCUGAUCUUAAUUCUGCAUUGGUUGAAAGUAUCUCUUUCCCCUCUAGUUAAAAGGGAUAAAAGCUCAGACAGAGAUAUUUUGCACAGGGUUGUGACACCAGGAAAUUUCAUUUGCAUCCUCUUGGUUCCCACCCAUGCUUUCCAGAUCUAUUUCUCCUGGCAUAGAUCAGCAACGGACAACAGGGUACAAAGGGUGGGGAGGCUAAACUGUGUUUUGCUAUGUUUUCUUGGUUGAUAAAAACACUAUUUUUGUAUAAAA